CGAAGUUUUGGGAAAGUUUUUUUUCUCCAGUGUUAAAGCUGAUGCCUCGGUUUGGCUCGGAGUGUGUGUGUGUGUGAGAGAGAGAGUGAUCUGCGAUUCUACUACAAACACAGACAACCGACUGAGCGAUGACUGAACUGCUCUGAGAUGCUGUUGUAGAGAACUAACCAAACAUCUUGCGACCAAUCAGAAUCCAGAAUAAGCAUGUGCUGAUGCAGCUGUUCUUGUGAUAACAGGUGUUUAAUCUCCUUCUGUAGUGGCCCAGGAGGACAUGGAGAACUGUGAAUUGCCCCCGACAGGCAGGGAUCACCCCUGGAAAGCUGCCUCGCUGAGGAGGAUGGCAUGGGCGCAGAGUCGAGAAUCAUGGCCGGCCCCAGAACCAGACGAACCGCUCAGUACCACCAAGAAGAAGAAGUCUGAAACAACAGCUGAGACAGGUCCGAUCCCUAACAAAAUAGCGAGCUGGCUGAGAGAAUGCAGGACUCCUCUCGGAGCUUCUUUAGAUGAGCAGUCCAACAGUCCGACCAAAGGAUCGGCGAGGAAUGGCUGUAGCUUCGAAGAUGAUUUGUCCUUGGGUGCUGAAGCCCAUCUACUCCACAGCAGCAGUGCCAAACCUGACCCCAGUAAUUAUGAAAUGCAAGCAACGGAGAAGAGGAGUCAGUUCAGACAGAAGGGUCGGAGCAUGAACUCCACUGGCUCGGGAAAGAGCAGCGGCACCGUGUCCAGUGUCUCCGAGCUAUUGGACCUGUACGAAGAGGACCCAGAGGAAAUCCUCUACAACCUGGGCUUCGGCCGCGAAGAGCCCGACAUCGCCGCUAAGAUCCCCUCGCGGUUCUUCAACACGUCGUCCGGUGCUAAAGGCAUCGAUAUCAAGGUUUAUCUGUCGGCACAGAUGCAGCGCAUGGAGCUGGAAAACCCCAACUAUGCCCUCACAAGUCGUUUUCGUCAAACCGAGGUUUUGGCCACCGUGGCCAACGUCUUCUCCGAGAUCUACUCCCACGUCUCGGGUCGGCCGCUCCAGAGGAUCUGCACCAAGGAGUCAUCGGAGCCUAAAGAGCCUGCUCCGCUCAAGCGCAAUGCCUCCACCCUUAACGCAGUCAAGAUCCUGAAGAAGAACAUCACCCGGCCAAACCUCAUGGCUUUGGCGGAGAUCAUGUCGACGCAGCCCGGAAAUCCGACGAACUCUGACCCCGAGGGUACCAAGAACGGUGUUUCUGAGCCUCACUCAGAUGGUGAGUCCAAGCAAAAGGUUUGCAGGAGGAAAGACUCGUCACUGGCGACAGUAACCGAGGAGUCGAAUCAGGCCGGCGUUGAUGUUUGUGAUUCAGGCGCACGGAACGCCAAACAUGUUAAUGGAGAACGAUCGUCUCCGAGCGGUGCUGAUAAAGCCGGGAGGAUUCCGGAUGCUUCCGAAUUACCUAUCUCGGUUAAGGAGCAGAGCAGGGAAGAAUCUGCUGAAUCUAAAUCGAGUCCGAUUCUAGAAAAGCAAAAGCCGGUCUCCUCCUCUUCCACUCCAGAUAAAGAGCCCUGUUCCUUCCUGCCCAAUCCUCACAUAGCACAUCUCCUCACCCAGCCACGAGACUCCUUUGAGAUGGAAGAGUUACAGAGUAACGAGGAUGAGGCGGUAUCUGGGACUCACUGUUUCUCCAGAGAGGGCAGUGAGCCUUUCCUGAGAACAGGUAGUCAACAGUCAGACAGCAGCGGCUUUGCAGAAGAUCCCUCAACAGAAAGCUCCACUUAUUUUUUGAAGGUCCAGGAGAGCUCAGACAGCUGUGACAGUGAAACAACUGUGACGUCUCAUGCAGCUGGACCUGGAACACCCGGAUCUCUGGAACACCCAUCCUUUGAAAGACUGUUUGAGGAUAAGGAGCUACUGACGCAGAACAGUAUGGGACUCUUUGGCCCAAUCGGAGCUGAGGAAGUCCCUGAACAUUUGAGCCAACAGGUGCAAAAACAGACCACCAAUGGGCCAGGGACUCUGGAAACUGCUGAGUGUGAAACAGAAGUGCAUGAUAGACUUGGUGGUUCUGUUAUUGAGACAAGCUCUAGCACAGAAUCACUCUCCACUAUAGAAUCAGCAGAUCCAGAGUCAUUAAAAGAUCUGGCUUUAGUACCGAACUUGCCUAACGCAAGUGCCGAGCCGCCCGCUGUGAGUGAACAAGAUGUGGUCUUGGAGGCUGGCAGCUUAACAGAAAGAAACUUAUCAUCAAAGUCAAGCUCAUCUACUCAGUUAGACCCAGUGUUAGAAAAUGUACCAACCCCAGGUCAAAGUUCAGAUCUUGUUGCUGAUUCCAAAGUUCAUGAAAUAGAGAACCUUAACGUCUCAGGUAAGGUCCGUGGUGCCCUAAUUCGGGCCCAGCAGAGGACUAUCUCGUGCGAGGAUCAGAGGGGACGGGUUUGGAUUCGGUCAAAAGACCUGCUGAGGAAUCUGGAUGAGCAGGUGAGGAACCCAUUUCAAAGGUCCAGUUCCCUUCCGAACAGCCCAGCCCGAGUGGUGUCAUCUAUGCACAUCCAGUUGGGUCAGGGCUCAGUCAGACAGUGCACACCACCAUGCUACACCUAUCGCUAUGAGGAGGAACCAGAGGUGGUUGCGUCCAUUGCAGAGGAAGAAAACAACAAAGCUCAGUCCACAUAUCAUUCCCAUUUUGUUACAGACUCAAUCAGCUCAAAUUCAGGGACAGAGGUAGACAGCACUGGAAUGCCUUCAUACCCCAUGAAUGUCCCCCAGCAUUUGACUCGGUCUACUAGCUCCCUUUACAGCAUCCCUGCUGACUGGCCCUUGCGACAUGUGGCAGAAGCUCCUUCUUGGAGCACCCACAGUGUCCCUGAUCUCACCCAGUACACAGGGCUACCACAUCCUGCGAUUCCACGUCACAUCCAGCAAGAACUUUCUCAAUUCCGAGGACAAGCUAGCUCCCCUUACCAGAAACCCGUUAACCCCCCUAGUCGCGGUUAUGCCCCCAUCAGCAGCCCCUGCCCUUACACACAGAGUGGCUUGUAUUCCCAGUAUCCUCAGCCACAGACCUCACCAUUUCCUCACCCUGUAUACACACCACCUCAUGUUUCAUCUUUACCCCAACAAAACAUAGCUUAUACCCACCCACAAAGCAUGCCUUACAAUCCUUUAACACCCUUACACUCUCCACCUCCAGUUACCCCUUACGGUUCUACAUUUAAUUUGCACAUGCAGCCAGGUUCCUAUAACCCUCAAGUGCCUAUUACCCACUCCUGCAGUGCCCCCUGUAGCCUGGCUUUUGGUAACACACCCCAUCACCCCAGCAUGCCUUACGGACAUCAGUAUAAUUCCCCGUAUCACACUCCACCUGCCCCAUUUUCCCCAAUGUCUGCUUCGUUCCCAUCGGAGACCCCGACUCCUCCUCCAACGAUGGGAAGUACGGAAAUGCAGCUGCGUCGAGUCCUGCAUGAAAUUAGAGGCACCGUUCAGAGUUUGGGCCUGGGUUCUCCUGAGCAACGCUAUGGCACACCCUCAGGGGCACACAGUCCACACCAAGCUGUCCAACCGCUCUACGAGGAGCUGCAAAGACGGCGGAGGAACCUGAACAUUUUCCGGACUCAGAUGAUGGACAUAGAGCUGACGCUGAUGAGGCAGCAGUCCAUGGUUUAUCAGCUCCUUACCCCUGAGGAGAGGCGAGAGGCAGAUCAGCUGCAGAGGCUUCGUGUUGCUGUUCGUCAGGAGCUGCAGGAGCUGGAGCAGCAGCUGGAGGAGCGACUCCUCAGUCUGGAUGAUCAGUUUCACUCGGCCCGCAGCAGCCGCCUCUACCGCCACCCACUGGAACUGUCCAGGGGCCAGAGCAUGGACAGUCUGUCCAGCUCCUCUGCACUCUGCAGAGCUACAGAGCCGGUGACUGAUCUCUUGCGGGAGCAGAUGUAUCUCCAGUCAGAGCUGAGCUACGAUGGUUCUGGUCUAGUCGACACACCGAUCUCGGCUCAGUCGUCCAGGUCGGGGAGUCCGGUGCGAUCCCGUGACCCUAAAGACCUCACCUCGCCUCUGUCGAGGAAAAGAGGUGGAGUGUAUCGCUCGACAGUCAGCCUAACACCCUCCAUCCCUCCGAGAUCAGGAGCAGAGAGCCAGGAGCGAGCAGCAACACCGAACACGCGACUACCUGAGGUCGUGGCACACAGCGUCUCGGAGCGGGACGGCGAUGCUAGAGAGCCUUCAUUUCAGGAAGACAGAAGAAGAGGAGGAGGUGGAGGAGUAGAGGACGUUUCUGGAAACGCUCAAAUGCAGCAGCUUAUCCAACAGAUUAAACAGAGUCUCACUGAGGAAAUUAGGAAGGAGAUCGUCAGCGAGUUGCUCGCUGCUGUGUUGCCGCAGAGAUCUCAGGUAGCAACACAAGAUCCAGCAACAUGACAGUAGUGGCUAAGCGGAGUGCUGUGGAAACAUUGCCCUCCAGAGUCCGCCACACACUACUGCAGCUCGAAAAGUUGGGAAAAGGAAAAAAAAAAACUGUCCAUCUGUACUUCCCUGCUUUCCCAGUACACCUCUCCACUACAACAUCCUGAUCACCUCAACAUUUUACCGCUGCUCCAGAGACAAUCAACCGCCCCAUAUGUCUGUAGCCCCGCCCUCCUCCUCAAACCCACCAUGUGAAGCCCCGGCCCGGGCAGAUAAAGCCUCUGCUUGAGCCGUAUUAAACGUUACUUUCGUAAAAUAAAAGCGCAGUGUUCUGUAACUAAGCUAGCAUUUAUUAAUUAACACUCUACCAGACCGUACAGGGUCCAGUAUUUUCCAGUACACUUGGGUAAGAGCAACACGUUCCAUUGCAUUUAAUCUCACUUCCAAAUAUUCAGCAGAUGUCAUUAAGUAUUUCACUUUAGCACUUUAGCUAGCUAGCUACAUGAUGUGCUAGUUUUCUAGCUCAUCUACAAAUUUGGGCAAAAUGUCAUGUUAGGGACAUUUAUCAUGGUCAUCAACUUUACUUUACUUUUUCUUUCCCCAGACACACACACACACACACACACACAACCACACGUGCUCAUGUAAGACAAAUCUUUUCCAAAUAUCCAUGUAUAUUAUAUAUAUCUGGCAAAUAUCGGAUUUGAUGGCCAAGCCAGAGCUUUAUCCACCCAAGUAAGGGCUUCAUCCAACAAAACUUCUUUCCAAUCCCAAGUUUUUUACGCCCCCGAGAGAGGGAUCCAAUGGUGUGAUGGUCCAGCGAGGGCUUAAUCUGUCCAGGAAGGAUUCUCACACUUGAUUGAGGGACUCAAUGCUGUGAUUCUUUUGCCCGAACAAGUCUUUGUCUUCCUAAGCACCUAAAAGUCUCACGGUCAUGUGGAGGAGUUUGCACCAAGCUAUGGCAACUCCAGCAAAGCCCAGCACUGGGCGGUUUUUCGUUGGAUAUCACAUUUGGGAUUUAUACUGUACUUAUUCAAAUACACUGUAAUCAUUCCUAAAAAAAACUUUAACCGCCCAUACUCUUUGUAGCAACUGGAUCUUCAGGCACUACUGCAAGUCCAACCAGACUUCCAUCCACCAGACUUUGUUACCGCGCGGACACACAUGGGUGAUCGCUGCACUGGAGCUGUUAUUACAGGAUCGUCCACGUAAUAAUAUCACGCUCGUCUCCUCCAACCGAGUGGAUACGCCGUAGUAUUCUCAUUUUUGAAAUCAUUUUUUUAAUUAUUUUUGCAUAAACUCUGAGUAGAGAGGCUUCAAAUCAUUUCAUACAAGUUUUAUAUGGUACGCUGCCAUUUGUACUUUUUUUUUCCUUUUUUUUUCCUUUUUUUUUUUUUUUAAUGGGGUAUUUAGGGUGAAAGAUGGCCAGGCUUGACGAUCACACGAUGGAGGUGAUGGUAAAAGCAUUUCGGUGUGUUUAUGUACAUAUCUGAGUUUUCUAUUGCAGCCUCUGUGAGGUACUAACUGUGCAAUACAUUUCACUUGAACUGACUAGUCACAACUGCUGUUUAUAAGCCUGACACUUUAAAAAGAGGAAGCGGCCACAAGUGUAAUCAUAAAAACACACACACACGUUUUAUAUCGGGAGUACAUGACACGCUUUGUGUAAAGAUUAAGCUUUCUGAGCACAAGCACUAAACUUGCUAUAGUUGCUCCAGUCUUUAAUGACUGCUUGUUUUUUUUAAUCAAUAAACACAGAAACCACUAGUAUGUUGAGGCGGGAAAAAACUCAUUUGAAGUUUUUAUUAAAAUAAAGAGUCAUGCUGAAUGUCUUCUGUGCCUUUCGCAAGUAAUUAUUUUCAAUUAUUUAGACGGAUGACUUCCAAGCCUUGCGUCUGCGACGAGGCAGGUGAUGUUUAUAGCUGAUCUUUGUUCUAAUGAGAUGUAUACUAUUUUUUUUUUUUUUUUUUUAAUACCUUGUCAUUGGGGAUGCAUGAGGAACUUAGCUCUGAAGCAAAUCAUUAAUAAAGAUUUAUUUAUUUUGAAUA